CUGGAUUUCUGUUUUUUUGCACAAUUUGUGAAAUGAAGACGAGACCUGCUGGGAUUGGAGAUGCCAACGCAGACUGGAUGGGGUGUCUUCCAUCCAAACUCAGUGCCAUGCCUCUCAAACAUCUCGCUGUGCCAGGUUCCCAUGAUUCAUUCACAUAUUGGGUGGAUGUCUCUGCUCCUGUUGGCCCAGAUCAGAAGGUUUAUGUGAAGUACUUGGCCACUAUGUUCAGUGUCGUGGCCAAGAAGGUCAUGGUGAAGUGGUCCAUGACACAAAACCUGACUUUUAGGGAGCAGCUGGAUGCAGGAAUUCGAUAUUUUGACCUGAGAGUAUCGGCCAAACCAGGAGAACCAGAGAACGAGAUCUACUUCAUCCAUGGAUUGUUUGGGCACAAGGUCAGAGAUGGGCUUCUGGAAAUCAACUCUUUCUUAUCAAAACAUAAAAAAGAGGUCGUGUUCUUGGACUUUAAUCACUACUACGCCAUGAACGCAGACCACCACGUGUACCUCAUCAACAUGCUGCAGCAGGUCUUUGGUUCCCGGCUGUGUUUGGACUGCACUGUGGAGGGAGUUACUCUGGACUACCUCUGGGACAAAAGAUAUCAGGUCAUAGUGUUUUACCAUCAUGCAUCAGGGCAGAGCGUCCCUGUUUUGUGGCCUGGAAACAAGAUCCCUGCUCCGUGGGCGAACACGACGGAGCCCGGCAAACUCCUGCAGUUCCUCGACACCACCUUGAAGGAAAGGAAGACUCAAGGCUCCUUCCACGUGUCCCAGGCCAUCCUCACGCCGCGGGUCAACACAGUGGCCAAAGGUCUGGUGUGGGGCCUGCGCAGUUAUCUGGUGGAGAAGAACCUCCCCACCAUCAUGUCCUGGGUGGAGGCUCAGAAACCAGGAGUGGGCGGAGUCAACAUCAUCACUUCGGACUUUGUGGAUCUCACAGACUUUGCCAACAUUGUCAUCAAGCUGAAUAAUCUUUUGUUAUCGGACAAGGAUCACAAGGCCAGAUGACCCCGGCCGCUGCUCCUGCCAAAAUCUGACAGGAAUUCAGA